AAUAUAACCACUAGUACACAAGGCUUUUGUUGGUGCGAUGCAGUUUAUAUUGAUGGUGCGGUUCACUCAAACACCGCACCUUUACAUCUUGCUUUACAAAUUUCACCAACUUUAAAUCUUCCAUUUACAUUUUCCCCCCUUUUGUUGCCCUGUUCCCGCUUGUUUCCAUUUACGUUUUCCCUCCCUCAUGAAUUUCUCACCCUCACAAACCCUAAUCGAACCCCAACCCCCUCUAUUACAUCCAUCUGGUUCCCUUUAGCACCUCUCACUACGGAUACCUUCCAGUGCACCAUCGUUGCCCUCUAUUGCACCGUCGUUUCCCUUUAGUUCAGCGCAUCUCUACUGUCCGUUGUGUCCAGUUGUCCACUAAGUUCAUAUGAGUUGAGUUGGAAAUGGUGAAGAUUCAUGUCCUUGCAAAGGAUAAAAGUUGGAACUGUUGAAUGCGCUUCAGGUUAUAAAAUAUGAAGCACAAGGCGGGUCUGAGUUUUUCUUUGUCAUCAACAUACAGGUCCUGGGGCUACCGCAUAUAUUGUAAAAGGGGCUUUUAUCAUUUUACUUGAUGAAUGAGAAAAUAUAUUGUAUUUGCCUUCUAAAGGCUUUUAAUUGAACUGAUCGUGGCUUUUUGUUGAAGAAAAGGACUUCAUGCAUGGCUUCAAGUUACGGGAAGAAGAUGUGAAACUUCCGCAAUACAAAAAUGACGAUUUAGUCUUAAAUUUAAUCCCGGAAUUGAUUUCAAGGCGUUUGAUGGCCCAGAAUGAAAUUGUGAAAAGCGUCUCAAGGAAUUUAAACAUACACAUACCUUAUGGACUGUGUAGCGGAGGCGCAAUGAUCACAUGUGAAGUCACGUGCGCUUGCACUUCAUUUUUUAAGGGUGUCAAUUGCCUCCAGUACAUCGCCUACCCCAACUCCCCUCUCAACGCCGGUGCCGUGCCUUUGCGAUUUUAGAUUUGCAGGAAUGGCCAAUGCUAGAAAACUGAAGAAAGAUGGUCCAGUAUGGUCAAACCUUGAUCUUGAUCUUUGGUUUUUAAUUAUGAUGCACUUGGGAUUAGUUGAUUUUAUUGCUUUUGGUGGUGUUUGCAAGUCAUGGAGAUCACUUGCGGUCUCUAACUGGAAUAAAUUUAUGUUGGCUAAACAACCAAUGUAUUUGUCCAUCUCUUCUCAUUUGAAUGAGAAAAAGUUUUACUUAGAGGACUACCUAAGGAGAAAACUGAAAACCACCAUUCCCGAUUCCAACUAUGACAUGAUUUGUGUUGGGAUAAAUUGUGGUUACUUGAUUUUUUUCAAGACGAGAACCGGUGAUUUUUGGCUUGUGAAUCCCUUCACAAGGAAAGAACUUCGUUUCCGAGGAUUCCCCUUUUGUAUGUAUACUAUUCCAAAACAUAUCAGGUGUAUUCUUGUCUUUUCACCAUCAAUGUCCGGGUGGGUGCUUGUGGUAAUCGACCCCAUAUUUUCACGUAGAAUAGCUUUCUCUUUACCUGGUGAACAAGGUGGGUGGUAUUAUGUAAUAUCCAGUUGCAAUAUCCAUGAUUUACAUUUUUUCAAGGGAAAGAUAUAUACGAUAGACUGGGACAAUGAUUUAUGUGAACUGAGUCUUACUCCAGAGCCCACCUUGACUGUACUCGAAAUGAAGGAUUUUCCAUGGCUGUCACGCAAUAAUGUGCUGCAUUUUGUAAGUUCAAGUGACGACCUUUAUGUGGUGAAUGCAUCAGGAGAUGUGGUGAAUCCAUCAGUGCUGGAAUUUGUAAGUUCAAGUGACAACCUUUAUGUGGUGAAUGCAUCAGGAGAUGUGAAUGAGUCUGUUGAAGUUGAUUUUGGGGAAAUGAAAUGGGUGGAUUCAAAAAGUACAAUAGGAGAGUACACAGUUUUUUUAGGUAAUUUCAAGUCUGCUGCUGCUAUUAAACCAGAUACGUGGGCAUACCCUUGGACACAGUACGAGAGACUUAUGUACUCCAACGGGAACGGGCAAAGUAAGAAAAGCAGAACAUGUUUAAAGAAAAUGUGGUACUUCCCACACGAUUGCUUGAUUGGUAACGAGUCUGCCCAACAUUAUACCGUCUCUGAGCCACCCACCACCAGUGGGCUCGCAAGGCUGGAAGAUUGACAACAGCACAAAUCAAGUGGAAGUCGGGUGACAAGGGUUGUCCAUCUCAGUCAAGAUCAUGUCAAAGUUAGUCUGUAGAAGAGAACAAGUUUAUGUUUUCCAUGAUUUCUGUUACUGCAUGCAUGAAUUCGUAGAUGUUAGGGUGUAGUUAACUUUCUUUUUGUGUAAUUAAAUUAUGUACUGGAGAAAUUAAUCCGAAAACUCUCUCUUUCCCUUUGAAAUUCUUGGAGAAUUGCCAUCUUGAAUCAGCUCUAUCAGAGACGAAUGCAAAUAGGUCUGAUGCUGGUUCCCUGUCUAGAUAAAA